AAUAGUCUUCAGUUGUAGAAAUGGCAGCGCUGAGACAGGAGCAUCGGUAUGGGCUCUCCUGUGGCAAAAUCAACAAAAACACCCCGAAUCAAACUCUCUAUCACGUCAAACUCACUGACACCGCCAUCCGGACCCUGGAGGCCUACCAAAACCUGAAGGCAUCGCUAUCAAAUCAGCCAGCGAUUUGCUUCAAGGGGAGCCAGGGGUACAUAAAGAUCCCAGCACCGACCCCUGAGUCUCCUGAGGGAUUCAGAGUCUUCUCCUUCUACCUAUCCAGUGACAGCAAAGACAAGCCUCAGUCCAGCUUCGACUGUAUUCACCAGUACGUCUCAGGGGAGGGCAGGGAUCACCUGGAGGGCCAGGGUAGCAUUCAGGACAAGAUCACAGUUUGUGCCACAGACGACUCCUACCAAACAACCAGGGAGCGCAUGUCUCAGGUGGAGAAGGACAUCUGGAGCCGCUCAGCAAUUGAGAUCAAGCCUGGGCCAAGUAAGUGCGUGAAGGUCCAGAGGAAGCAGGGUCUGGUAUCAGGCUCAGAUAGCAGCAACAAGCACUCCCCCAGCAACAAGAGGAGCCUGGUUCCCAGCCCCGUGGCACACCGGCCCUUGAGGGAUCGCAUCAUUCAUCUCCUGGCCUUAAAGCCCUAUAGGAAACCUGAGCUGCUACUGUGGUUGGAGAGGGAGCGGGCCAGUCCAAAGGACAAGACUGACCUGACCUCAGUACUGGAUGAGGUUGGUAAACUGAACCCUAAAGACCACAGCUACUCUCUGAAGGAUGAGCUCUACAGACACGUCCAGAGAGACUGGCCUGGAUAUUUAGAAGAGGAAAAGCAACUCAUCCAUAGGCUCCUGAUCAGGAAACUUCAGCCACUCCACAGUAGCCAGUUGAAGAGUCCCCAGUCCAACCAUUCAUUCCACAAAACUCCCGGGAACUCUCCUUCACAACUCAGUCCUGCCAAGAAUCUCUCUGUGAAACGACCAUUGCACUCGGACCCAUCCAACUGUCAAACCCCCAAAAAACAAAGACUAUUAGACCAGUGUUUGCCUCUGCAGUCGCCUUCUCAUGGAGAAUACAGCACCAAUGGGUCUCGUAGCUCCUCCAGUCACGGAAACUCUAGUGUACAGAUCAAAAUGGAGUUCGACAAAACCAACAAUCAUCUCCAGAGGAGCCCAAAUGGUCUGUACUCGCCGCACAAACUCAGCGGGUCAUCUGCUAUUCCCAAACUGGAUAGGACAGAGCCAGCUCUUACUGCUCCCAGCCCAAAGCUCCCACACACUGAUAACUCAAUUUGCACGGACCAACAGUUCACCAAUGGCCAACAUAAAAAAAAGAGGUCCAAAAAGCACAAAGACAAGGAACGAGAACGCUUAAAACAAGACUGGAUAGAGACCAGUCCAGACCUGAAGCAGAACCAAGAAAAUCUCAAAGACCAUGAGGGAGAGAAAACACCUGUCAGUCGAACCUCAGCAGAGGAACUGCCUGACUAUUUAAUAAAAUACAGCACCAUAACAGCACUGGAGCAGCGUCAACAGUAUAAGGACGACUUCUGUGCAGAGUACGAUGAAUACAGAGCUCUUCAUGACCGGAUUGGGGCUAUCACAGAGAUGUUUGUUCAGUUGGGCUCAAAGAUCAACACUCUCUCCCCGGGAACACAAGAGUACAAGCUCAUGGAGGACCAAAUACUACAAAAGUACAGAAAGUAUAAGAAAAAGUUUCCUGGGUAUCGGGAAGAGAAGAAGCGAUGCGAGUACCUCCAUCAGAAACUGUCGCAUAUCAAAGGCCUGAUCACAGAUUAUGACCAAGCACAGGAACUUUCCUAGUAACUGGCCUCUACCCUCAGCAGGGUGGAAUAUGACUGGACCAAAAGACUCCUAAUGGACCCAAAGACUGCCCAGCUGGGUCCUGGAGGGGCUGAGACACUUUUCACUUUACUCAUCCUGUUAAUGGAAUCAAGGAUUGAGAUUCUUUUUCAAAAGUGGGCUGAGACCACCGACUCGUGAUCAGACGUUACCCUUUAACACUAUGGUUUUCGUCUAUGAUUAUUGCUGUAGUGGCUUGGUUUUGUUCCGCUGUAGAAUGGUCAGAUGACACAGUGAAAGCCAAGUCCAUUUUCUGAAAUACAAAACAGAUGUGAUCCUUCCUGCCUAAUUGCAUUUUUAUUCUAUCCUUUAUCUUGUCAGAACUAACAAAGCAUUGAUUUAUAUAAAGUAUAAAAUUGAUGGUACAAUCAAUCUUAAGGGGAAACAAAUGCUACUAAAGUCUAUAUAUUUAACUUACAGAGGAAUUUGUUUAUUUGCGUUUUGCUGAUAGAAAGUCAAAUUUUGACACAUUCAAUCACAUUAAUUAUUCAUUAGUUACAAUAAUACACUUACAUAAUGACAGUAAUAUGGUCAUGCUACAAAAAGUGUAUCUCUCUUCAGGCCACAUCCAAACUGACAAAUUCAUUCAAUUUUCAUCUCAUGAAGGCUAGACAAAAUGUAUCAUCCAUACAAAACCUAUAUUUCUGCAGGACUGAGACCAUACAAAGGUUUCUUCUAAAAUAAUCACAAAAUGAAGAUUAAUGCAUUAUAUGCUGAGUUGUUUGAAAACGUGCUACGUUGUGUUUUCACCCAGAAUCUGUGGUUAGGACCAGUUUUUUUGAUCAUAAGGAUUUUAUCACAUAGCUUUCUGCCAACGUCCUGUUUCUUUUCUAAGUAAUACUGGAAUGCCACAAAACCACUCCUCACAGUACAGUAAAGCUGGUUUCAAGAUAGUGUCAAGUUCAUCCACAUGUAGCCUACAGUACCACAAACUGCCUUUUCACUGUAUAAUGAUAAAACUUCAACUCUCACAUCUCUCAAGCUUUCAAGUUACAGUGGUUUACUCACAUACAGUGUACACUGUACUGUACAGUACAUACAGUAAUCAUGCUGUAGUCACAGUGUUGAUGAACGACUACAAGUUGCUCUAUGAAACAUAACUUUUCACUUUACGUGCAGUUGUAAAACUUAGGCUAUUUAUCUGGGUAAUCAACCUAGUCCACACAUUUUGAUGUACUAUUGUUUUGUUUUUGGUUUAAGUCAAUGUUUUUUUUAUGGGAUUUGGUUGAAUAACAAUAAUUUAUUUCAGUGAGUGUUACUCUUUGAUGUUAUUCUGCUGAAUGUGACAGAGAUGCCUUUUAAAAAAUUGGACUGUGUAAUUUAUAGCCCCAUGUUUGAACCAUGUGGAGGUUGGGACUGUGGGUCACUCACUCAGUUCAAACCACUUCAGUUCAUUUUAGACUUUUUAGACUCAUUUCAGUUACAUUUGAGGAAAAACAAUCUGUAGUUUUAUUUCACCUUAAUUAGCUGUGGCCUGAAAUAGGGAAUAGUGAUCAGAUUUCAGUGUUCUCUGGAAAUUUGCAUCAAUGUAGCUGUACUCACAAGUGUUGUCUUAAUGAUGGCUUAAAAUGGGAGAAUGAAGCUAAUAUUUGCCUUAACAUGUAUGUCAGAAAUUUCCAAGAUUCUGGUACCCCUGUUCUGAACUGUUUUUGUGUUCUCUGCAAGGUUCAAAGCAUUUCUGUGAAUGUCUUUUAGUUUGAGGGAAAGAUCAGUUACUGGAUAGUUGUGCAACAGUUGUUUAAUCUGUGUUGUUCUUGUUUUUUCGAUGUACGUCUUAAUCAUUUUUCGUAUUUAGCUUCAUUUGUUGUCUCAUAAUCUGUCCAAUAAUCAUGGACUGUAAAGGAAUUUAAUUCACUGUCUAAUGCUAUCAAGCACCACUAUCAAAAGUAAGAAUCAUUGCGGAAAUAUACACAAAAUAAUGUGCUUUGCUUCUCUUGAUUUCUCAGUGCAAAUACUCAUUGUCACAUAUUUAGCAGUUCUUUUGCAGUUAAAUGUACGUUUCUACAUUUGGUAUUCUGGGACAUUUGAAGGAUCUGAGACUAGCAACAGUUGCUCUGUCUUGGCACAUAUGAAAGAAAGGAAUAUUUAUUAGCAAAAUUUAUUAGAAAAAUGAUCAUUAUAAGCCCAAACGGUGUUUAUCAAUUAGGAACCAUUAAAUAUCAUCAGAGCUAAAAAUUGUGGAUUUUUAAAGCUCCGACGCACCUACAGAAAUGUUUUCAUUCUCUGGCUAUGUGGAUCUCUUCUGAGGACCAGACCUCUUGCUCUUUUUUGAGUCUUUUAUUUAUAUGCAUUUUGAUGAUCUUAACAAAUGUGGUACAUUGCUCCACCCAACUGAAAACACCUUUGUGUUUUGUUCUGGUACUGGAAAUCAGUGAGGCAUUGUUUGUGAUUUACAGAAAUUGUUUUAUUUCAAAACAAAAAGGUACUAAAUAUUUUUGUUGUUUAAUUACGGCAGGACGAAAAUGUCUACAAAAUACCACUUAGAUCAUGCAACCUUGAAAGUAAUAAUAAUUUACAGAACCAAUUCAAGUUAAGGGCUUCCCAUUUACCACUUAAGUCAUACUGAUCAAUUGUAAUCGAACAAACUGCAUCAUGGGUGACACUCCGUGGGCAAAAUAUCAGUCUAAUCAUAGUAUGAAGGAAAAUAAUUGUUCAAUUCGUUUGAACUUGUUUUUGGGAAACCAGACCCUUGAUGAAAUGGGGCUUCUCAAGUGCUAACUGUGAUGUUUUUUUACUGUUACAGGAGCUAACUACUGAAGGUGCCUUUUUCAUUCAGAAAGCAGAGCCACUCUGCCAGUAACUAUCAUUUGUAUUCUGGGAGG